AUGAUUUGGAGACGAGCAACCGGCCUGUGCGGUCUUGCUUUUCUCCCUGUUACGUGGGCAAUUACGUUCCCAGGCACUGAACCGACUGCUACAGGUCACGCAGCCUUGCAACCGGAUUGCCCUCAGCCGACUGCCGUAGGGAAUCAGAGGAGGGAUUUCCUGCGUCGUGGCGAUGACGAGGAUGCGUUUGUGAGCUCUUUCAUUGCGGGUGAAUCAAGCUUGCUUUAUUUCCCUUCUGCUUCGACAACAGUUACCUCGUGGAUGCCUCAAAGUGUGUGUGGGUACAUUGAUGCUGUUUGGGAUGACUAUUCAUCGAUACGAUGCCAGGACAACUACCAGUGCGUCUUUCAUACUUCCGAUAGCCAUUACCCGGGAAUGGUAGGCUGUUGUGAUGGCGGCAAACCAGAAAGUUGCGCCUGGGAGACAGUCUGCUACAACAGGAAACAGGUUUCUGCAACUCCUUCGGUCUUGAACUCCCCCACGAACAUAUUCGCCAUAUAUUGUACCGAAUCAGACUACCCGGAAUGUCGAACAUGGAUAUAUCCCCAGCUGGAUAUAACCGAUUACGGCUGCCACGACACCAAGACCACUCAAACCCUAGCAUUGAUUGCUGUCGUGGAUACAACAUCAGCCACUGGGGGUGGUGUCUCAGCCACUCAACCUGGCACCGUCACGACCACUGACCUAGAAGCCAUUUAUCCCACAGUCGCGGCUAUCAGACCUCAGGUCGUUGAUGCUAGUUGGAUCGACAUAUACGUUUCAGGCACUGGAGCCACAUCCCAGAAGGUAGACAAGGCGACUUCAGUCGGAAAUUCCGGGUCAUCUUCUGCCUCGGCAACUGCAACAUCCGACUCAGACUUGUCGUCUUCAAAUUCAGGCUCAAAGUCUGGAGGUUCCUCGAAAUCGACCAAUACAGGCGCCAUUGCCGGUGGUGUCGUUGGUGGUGUCGUUGGUGCUGCGGGCAUUGCCGCUGCAGGAUUUAUGUUUUUCCUGCUCAAGAAGAAGAGAAAGCAAGCAGAAGCCGGAGCCUAUCAACCUGGACAAGGUGAUGGUGGCGCGAUGCCGCCUCCCCCGCCACCGCUUGAGGAUGUGGCUAUGACUAUGCCGCAGCCAAUGCAUGAAGUCGAGGGAACUACGCCACAGAAGUACGCAGAGGUGGACGGUUACGGCGCAGAGCACAAGCUCCCUUCGGAGAUUGCGGGCAGUGAGAUUACAGGGAAAGCCUACGAGAUGGAUUCGAAGAACUCUGUUGCGGAAUUGCCUGGUACCAAUGGUCCAUUGCACAAUCAUUAA